AUGAGGCUCCUUGAUGCCGCCAACUCAGCGGCCCAAAAUGCAAUUACACUCACAGAUGCGCCACAUCUCAGAAAAAGCAGAAAGGGAACAAUUGCAAUUUCCACCCGGAAAUUACGCAGCGCAAUCGAACACCUGCCAUCUGUCAAUACCCAGCGACUCAGGGUUGAGAAAUUCGCCGUGCUGGCGAUCAUGAUACCAUUGAACCUGACUCUGCUCUACAUGUUCAAAUCAUGCACAACGUACUUCUGGUGGCUGGCUCCACUUGCGCUGAUGCGACUCGUCGUGGAUGUCAUCGAAAUCACUUCCAUCUUCAUCUUCUACUGGUAUCGGCGUGUACAUCCUCGAGUCUCCAAGGUCCCCAAAACACCAGAAAGCUUUGUCUACCUGAUGUGCUGCUACAACGAGACCUACCCAGAGUUGAUGGUCUCGCUCAAUUCCUUGGCCGCGCAGAAGUCAAUCGACGACCACAAGAAAGCAAUCUUGGUAGUUUGCGAUGGCCACGUGAGCUCCAAAGGCAUGACUAAGACAGCGGCGGCUCAUCUGAAAGAAGACAUUAUUGAGCGACCCUCCAGCAUCUCCAUGUCUAGGGCUUACACUUCAUGGGACGGUGCGCUGAUGGAUAUCGAGCUCGUCAAGGGCGAGUUCAAGGGUCUUCCAAUCGUGUGCCUCAUCAAGAACGAGAAUCGGGGAAAACGGGACAGCAUUGUUCUGGCCCGUUCUUUCUUUCGCAAGUUUAACCUCCGUCAAUCCAAGCCUGCCUUGGCCAUGCUUACGCCCGAGCUUUUCACCGAACUCUCGGGUUUCUUCGAAAAUGCGGGCAUCCAGUCGCUAGACUACGCUGUGGGCAUCGAUGCAGACACACGGUUCGAUGUGGAAUGCGUUUCGAGCCUGAUUCAGACUGUAAGAGAAGGUGAACAGGUCAUUGGUGUGACUGGCUACAUCCAACCGGACCCGGUGACCUCAAGUACCUUUUCCUUCUCGUAUCUUUAUCAGAUGGCGGAGUACAUGGUGGGUCAGCACCGCCGCCGUCUGCGCCAAAGCCUUACAAGCGGAAGGGUGACGUGCUUGCCUGGAUGCUGCCAACUGCUCCGGGUCUUGGAAUCUACAUGUGGCGACGACAUCCUGGCCAAAUUUGGAUACUACCCCAAGGCUACGGAUAGUCUGUUUCGAACGGUCCGAUCUAUGAUGAGUGAGGACAGAGACCACAUAUGCCUCGUUCUGUCGGAGAAUGCAGAUGUCCAGACGCGGCAAUGUCUUGGUGCGAGAGCCUAUACUACAGUACCAUCGUCUCCUUCGGUCUUUCUUAGCCAGCGUCGGAGGUGGACGCUAGGCCCGCUCACGAGCGACUGUCUCCUCGUCAAGCGCAGGUCGACGGGUUAUGUUGAAAGAUUGGCUGCUCUUUGUUCCGUCAUACAAUGGAUAGUGCAGCCGUCCCUCUUCCUCUCGAAGCACUUUCGCAGUUUUGGAUACACAACCCAGACGGUGGUGUUCUUUCUUGAGCACUACCGAAUGGUUUGGGACAUCUUGUGUAUCAUCUUACGUACCGGCUCGCCCCUCGAGGGUAUCCAGCUUAUGGCCGGAGCCAUGUUGUAUGCCAUAUUCGCACCACCGAUCAACUAUGUACCUUGCGGCGAUACCGCUGCCGCUUCCUCUAACGUGAAAUGGUUCAUAACGAGCGUAGCAUACAGUGCCGAGAACAUGCGUAUCUUGCGAUGA